AUGGAAGGAAGCUUCUCACAUGAGUGUUUAUCUGACUCUAAAAGGAAGACUAAUAUUCGAGCAUUCGUCAACAUGUUGCGUUAUAAAAGAAAUUCUCAUGUGGCAAACAAAGCACAAACAAGUGCCAUUAAAUACCGAAAAAAAAAGAUGAAUGAAAAUGAAAAUUAUGCUCGCAUUUUAUGGCGCAACAUGUUGUUUUAA